GCGGAGUGGAUGCGAGGAUGUUGAGUUUGUGACGAUAAGCAAUGUGAAUGAAAAAAAAAGAAAAAAAAAAAGACGAAAUAACUGUGAUCUGGGACAAGUAGCGGUCGCGAAUUCAGACGGCACUGCGCAAAAGGCCAUAUCAUUUUAAGCGUAGCCAGCUGGCCGCCCACCCUGUGUGACCUCUGGAAAGGCUUGUUAGGAGCACUAUGGGGAACACAAGCAGUGAGAGGGCCGGCAUGGGCCAGGAAAAGGCCCACAGGAGGGAUAGUCGAGGAACCAAGGAAGGAGACCGUCCUAAAAUCCUGAUGGACAGCCCAGAGGAUGCUGAUAUUUUUCACGGGGAGGACAUCAAAGCGCCGUUAGAAAAAGAGGAGUUCAUUGAGUGGAGACCAGACCUGGAGACCAGUGAAGAGGUUCCCGCUUUAGAUCGACCCACUGUAUUUCGGUGGACAGGAGCUGGAAAGGAAGUCUAUAUUUCUGGCUCUUUUAAUAAUUGGACCAAUAAGAUUCCUUUGAUAAGGAGUCAAAACAACUUUGUGGCGAUUGUGGAUUUGCCUGAGGGUGAGCACCAGUAUAAAUUCUUUGUGGAUGGACAGUGGACUCAUGACCCAACAGAGCCUGUGGUGACCAACCAGCUCGGCACGGUCAACAACAUCAUCCAGGUGAAGAAGACAGACUUUGAGGUGUUCGAUGCGCUCAUGGUGGAUUCACAGAAAUGCUCUGACAUGUCAGACCUGUCCAGCUCUCCUCCUGGGCCGUACCAUCAGGACGCUUACGUACCCAAACAGGAGGAGAAGUUCAAAUCUCCACCCAUUCUGCCCCCACAUCUCCUACAGGUCAUCUUAAAUAAGGACACAGGCAUCUCAGUGAGUAUCUACAAAAGACAUCGCAUUUGUGUGGUAAAUAUGACAGAGCUGCUCGGAGAUGCCACACAUCGGUAUAAGAAGAAAUAUGUCACAACCCUGCUGUACAAGCCAAUCUGAGAAACAUGGCCAUUUCAACACUCAACUUACAUGACCUCUGUCUAGUUUGGCUGUUAUAUAUAGUAUGUAUUACUGUAAAUAGAAAUGUACAGAGAUGCACUUUAGAGGUACAUCCCACCUUAAUGGUUAUAAAAUAAUCAGAGACAUAGAAAUAGCUCAGUUUUACUGGACAGUUAAGCACAUAUCUACUCUUUUAGGGGUUGGUACAAUUUUUAAACCCCACUAUUCAGUGGGACUGGGCCAAAUCGACUGAAUCGAAACCAGUACAGAGGUGUGUUCUUGAAUAGUGUAAAUAAAGUGUGACAUGUUUAUUU